GCAAGGCCCAAGGACACGUGUUGGUUAGGCUUCGUCUACCGACGUUUAAGUCACCAGUCAUCACAGUCAAUAAUAAUAAUAUAUAUUACAACUUUUGGUAAUAUAAAUAGUAGUACAAAGAGAUUAACAAUUUAUUAUCCCGAAAAAACGUGUAGUAUAUGUAUAAAAAAAAAAGUUAUAUUCAAUUUUUUUAAUUAAAAAAAAAAAACAAAUUAUCAAAUUAAAAUUAUGACCAAUAUUAAAACUGUCUUCGUUACGGGUGGUGCUGGGUACAUCGGAAGUCACUGUGUUCUCUCUCUGCUAGAAGCUGGAUAUAAUGUAGUGGCCAUUGAUAAUUUUGUAAAUAGUGUUGAACAACAAGAGUCAGCAGCCAGUUUGGACCGAGUGAGCCGUAUAACUGGAAAAAAAAUUAUAUUUUACAAAUGUGAUUUACUCGAUAUCCAACAGCUAGAUGAUAUUUUCAAUAAGCACCAAUUCGACUGCGUGAUACACUUUGCUGCUAUGAAGUCCGUCGGAGAAUCUAUUAAACAACCACUCAUGUACUACAAAAAUAAUAUUGUAGGUGCGAUGAAUCUCUUGGAUGUGAUGGCAGCUCAUGAAUGUUACCAGUUAGUAUUCUCAAGUUCGUGUACUGUGUAUGGAAAUCCAAUAUUUUUGCCUAUUACUGAAGAUCACCCAAUUGGUAAUGUCACUAAUGUUUAUGGGCGUACCAAGUAUUUUAUUGAAGAAAUACUGAAAGACAGUGUCAAUUCCGAUCCGAAAUGGAACGUAAUAAGCUUGAGGUAUUUCAAUCCAGUAGGAGCGCACUCAUCUGGUUUAAUCGGAGAAGAUCCAACAAAAAAUUUUUCAAAUUUAAUGCCAUAUAUAGCACUAGUAGCCUUAGGGAAAAAACCAACUUUAUCUAUUUUUGGUGGGGACUAUGAAACACCUGAUGGUACAGGUAUUAGAGAUUACAUACACGUAAUGGAUUUAGCUGAAGGACAUGUAGCUGCUUUAAAAAAAUUGCAAUCUAAACAAUCACAUUUAGAGGUGUUUAACUUAGGAAGUGGGCAAGGAACUUCAGUUUUAGAAUUUGUACAAACAUUUGAAAAUGUAACAGGUGUUAAAGUGCCUUAUAUUAUAGAAGCUCGUCGUGAAGGUGAUAUUGGUUCCAUGUAUGCCAAUUGUGACUUAGCGAGAACUAAACUUGGUUGGACAGCUAAGUACACUUUAGAUGAUAUAUGUAGAGAUUUUUGGAGAUGGCAGUCCUUAAAUCCAAACGGUUAUAAAGGGAAUAGUAUAACGAGCACAAAUGGUGAUACAUGUCACUAAACAAAAUGAAAACAAAUUAUUACCUUAGAUUUUGAAAUUCAAUUCACAAUAAGAAUUUUUUUGUAUUCAUCCAGUUUUUAAAGUAUACAUCAUGUUUCAAUGCUGCUAAACAGCAAUUGAAUAAUUUGGUAUAAUCUUCCGAUAGAUUUUGAAUACUUCUCAUUGUUUUAAGCCAUUCAAUGAUCCUAAAAGUCUAUAACAGUUUUUAGUUAAGCUAACAUAAUGACAAUUUCUACUAAAAGUGUUUUUACUUGAGCUGAAUUUUUAGCGAAUGUCGCAAGCGCAUGAGGAAAGACCGUACAUUUUAAAAUUGUUCCAUCAUCAGAACUAAUUCCAUCAAACCCCGAUAUUGAUAUUAUAAUACAAAUAAAAACUGAAAACAUAUCAUCAAAUGAUUCCUGUAACCAAAUAAUUUGGUUUAAAACAUGGUUUCUAAAAAUAUUAUUUUAUUACAGUAAUUCAGUUGUUAAAUUGAGUAGAAUAAAGCAAAAAAAUACAUUAAAAAUAUAUUAAAAUAUUUGUUAGGUUUAUGAAUGCAAAAUUACUAAUUAAUAAAACCUGAUACAGUCGUUGCCAGAUAAAUUUGCUCAGUGGUGGCGGCAUUUAUCAGUUAGUGUAUACCAAACUAGUUUUUUCACUUAACCGGCUGUCCACCAGGACGUGCAUGGUUUGGCCGUGACGGUUCUUUAUUAUUGUUGUUGUUAUUGUUAUUACUAUUAUUAUUAUAAAAUGUAUAAAAAAAAACUAUCAACUAUGCUUCGACAAAGCAUAAUAGACAUAAAAAAAGAAACAUAAAAUACAGAGAACCCCUGGCUUGCGUUUUCGCGCUGUCGCAGCUAAGCUGUAUCUGACAAUAACUGUAAUCAGUUUUAAAGAGGAAUUGUUUUUUUUAUAUUAACUAUAUGCAAAUAAACUAUUAAAUUUAAUAGUAUUUAAUCAUAGAUAUACAAACAUUUGUGAAUGCAUUUUUCAUAAAACCAGCUAAAUGAACCAUUAAAUUAUUAAUAAACUCGUGGUGAAAUUGUUCAUAAUGUUUAAAACAAAAAAUAUCAACUACCAAAUUGCACAAAUCAAUUUUACUCCUAGAAAAAAAAAAAUUAAUAUCAAACAAAGGUGUUGUAUUAGGAAGUUAUUUGUGUUUGCAUACUUGGAAAAUUGAUUGGCAGCUUUAAUGCACUCUUCUAAAGCAUUAAAAGAUGUAUUACUCGUAACAAAAUUUUGAGCACAACACAUAGUUAUAAACUUUGGAAGCGAAUCGUUUUGAACUGGGUACGGUCGCAUAUUUUCUAAAACUUUGAUUGGUAUUACAAGACAGCAACUAAGAAAUACUUCAAGUACUUUCUGUAGAGAAAAUUGAGUUUUUAAAUUAUUUUCAUUUAUUGGUGAAAUAAAAGUUUUUAACAAACUGAACCUUAUUGUCUAAUUGAAUUGUGCACCAAAUGUUUUCAAAAAGAUGACAAAUCAAGUCUAUAUUAACUGUAUUAGUUUCUGGGUUUUGUAAUAUUAGUUUGCAUUCGUUUAAAUAAUGACACAACAGAUCAUCUAUAAAAAUCAAAUAUUUAUCAAAUACAAAUUUGGUUCCAAAUAUAUAUAUAUAUAUGCUUCCAAGGCAAACGGAUAAAAACGACAGUUAUUAAAAUAUUGUUUAAAUUGAUUUUAACAUAAUACCCAUUAACUAAUAGUGUUUACGCUGAAA